AUGUGCUCAGCUUGCAGUCGGGCCACUUUGAACGAGAAGCAAACUCUGGCCGUGCAACGCGGCCUGCAGCGGCCCUUCUCCAUGGUGCAGGGGCCACCCGGCACGGGAAAGACGUCCUUCCUCGUUCAGUUCGUAGCGGCGCUGCUUUCAGCACCCCGACGACGCCAAGGCGGGCGGAUCUUGGUGUGUGCUCCUUCCAAUCACGCGGCCGACCAUCUAUUGGAUAGGCUGAUUAGCGCUGGUACCCCGCCGCACUACAUGACGCGAGUCUAUUCCAGGUUCAUUGAACGAGCGCAUGGAAGCAUGUACAAGGGAGGGACCACGCGGAUGGAGCGAGGCUUUGACAUCCAGCCGCACCUCGAAGAACAUGCGCUGCACUGGAAGGUCAGCGAAGUCCAACAGGUGAAGUUCACCGGUCCUCCAUUGAGUCGAGACGCCUUCGACCGAAGCUACGAAGCAUCAGAGGUCAAGGUCUUGAAGGACAGUCGUAUCGUGAUCACGACCUGUACCACUGCAUAUCUCCAUACUGCUCUGGUGCAAGGGGAGCCACAAUGGCCAUCCCGCUCUGUGCAGUGGCAGGGCCCAUGGCAGGGCCCAUGGCCAGGCCCUUGGCAGGGCGCUUGGCACCCAUGGCAGGACCCAUGGCAGGAUCCGUGGCAGGAUCCGUGGCAGGGCGCCUGGCAGGGUCCGCGGCAGGGUCCGCGGCAGCGUCCAUCAGUGUUGCGGCCUGUGAGCUUUGACACCAUCGUCAUUGAUGAGGCUGCGCAGGCGAGUGAGCCAGAUAUCGUGCUGCCCGCCAGUGGUGCCAGCUGCCGCGUCAUCGUGGUGGGAGAUCACAAGCAGUUAGGACCAGUGGUCACGGAGAACAACUUAUGUGCACCCUACGUGAGCGCUUUGGAAACUCCAUUUCUUGAGCGAAUGCUGCAGAACCCACGCCGAUGGCUCUCAAGCACCAUGCUGAAUAUGCAGUAUCGCAUGCAUCCAUCGAUUCGAUCCUUUCCGUCCUCGCAGUUCUACGAGUCCAAGUUGGAGGAUCAGGUUUGUAUCCCGCACCGAGUGGAGCUGAACUGCAUCUGGCCUGACGCCAAGGAGCACCGGAGCUUCGUGGACUGCAAGGGCUCCCAGUCCAUGGGCUUAUCGCCGGAGCUGAACCGCACCUGCGACGCGGCCCUCAUUGAGAGUAAGGUCUCCCUGAAGAACGUGGGAGAAGCUCAGUGUGUGGUGGCCGCCUGCAAGGCCCUGCUGCGGAAGAGCUGCUCCGCAAGGGACAUCGCAGUGAUCACGCCUUACAAGGCACAGCAGCAUGAGAUCCGCGCCAGGUUGGAGCGUGACGUUGGCUCGGCCGCCGCAUCCAUCUUAGUGGGCACCGUUCACGCGCUGCAGGGCUCGGAGCGGGAGUACAUCAUCGUGAGCUUCGUGCGCAGCAUCUCCGAGGACGUGGAGGACGUGGUGAGCAGCGCGGUCGCCUCCGUGGGGGACUCCGUCGCCCUGCAGGCUGAGAUGGCAUUCCUCUUCUAUUGCAGCUCAUUGCAGGAACUUCACAUGGAAAGCUUGGGCAUUCUCUCCGACUACAAGCUCCUGAACGUCGCGAUCACACGUGCCAAGUAUGGCCUGAUUUGCGUCGGCAACGCGGAUGUGCUCAGCAAGGGAUCAAAAUACUUCAAUGCUUUCAUCCACAGCUUACGAAGCUGCAUUGUGAGCAAAGAGGAGCGAACCGAUGGCACCAUGGCAGUUUUGGAUCAGACACCUCUUGACACCACCGUUGAUGUGACACUCACCGAACGGUGGAAGGGAGGUGAGCGUUUCGUGUCAGCGAGCUUUCCGCACACACCAGUGGUGGUUCUGGAUGCUCAGUUCUUCAUGCUUCGAAAUGGUUGUGAUGGUGCGAGGCUUCGUUGGUUCACCAGAAUUGGACCUAUUCCGCUGAAAACCCGAGGCUACGCCUUCCUCUUCGGUGGUGCGCCGGUGACGCUGCGGCAAGAGAGCCGCCGCCAGGAAGUGCAGUGGGUUCAGGGGAAGGUCUCUGGCAUGGUUUUUGCGGACUGGGAGACACUCCCGCUGGACUCCUUCAGGAUGCUCCUGCGAGCGGCAGCAGGCUCUUUGUCCAGUCUGCCGAGCCUGCAGGGUAGGAGGCCCUGGGGUCUCCCUUUGUCGGCCUUGGCUGCCAGGGUGGAGGAAGCUGAUUCAGGCCACUUUCAGAUCUUCACCGGUCUCAUGGUGAAGCUUGGGGAGACCGAGAUGCAGGUCCUGGCGCAAAGCUCCGCCGAGCCGUCGCUCACGGUGCUCUUCACGGAAGGCGAAUGGGGAGGGCUUCUCGAUCAAGUUCUGGCGACGGCGAUGUUCGUGUCACUGGCGAUGGCGAUGUCAGGGGCUCAGAUCUGGGCCCUCAGCUUCGGCGGUGCGGUGCGAGGUAUCUCUUGGGACUGUGCUUUGAUCCCACUGGGGGUGCAAGCGAAGUUGGCGGCUGAACCGAUCACGCAUUCAAGCGGCUGUAACGCCAAGGCUGCCGAGUGGUGCAAGACCCUGGCGGCCACUGCCGAGAAGGCCAAAGACGCCCCGGUAGGCCAGCUGAUUACUAUCAGGAUGGCCUCUACGGCAUUGCAUGGUGCCUCAUCUUCGGCCUUGUGGUAG